UUCCGAGAUGGCAUCAAGAGGCUGUAAGAAUCCGGCAGACGCAUUUUGCUAUGUCUGUGGCGAAUGUAUCAAGACAAGAGCGAAAAAGUACUCUGUAGAAGCAUCUGCUAAGAUGUGUGAGGCCUACAAGGCAUAUUUGGGCAUGCCUAUCGGGGAUCAAGACAAACCCUGGGCACUUCAUUUCACCUGCGAGCAAACCCUGGAAGGAUGGUACAAAGGGAAAAAAAGAGUCAUGAAGUUAACUAUCCCAAUAAUUUGGCGGGAACCCACUGACCACUAAAGCAACUGCUACUUCUGCAUGGUGGACCCUUCCAAACAUCGGACUGGCAAGAAUGAACCUGUUAUCACCUUCCUUCAUCCAUCGCCCCGUUGCCACAUUGCCAUGAGCUCCCCGUAUCCACUUCUCCAGAGAGAGAGAGAGAGCAGCGUCUUUAGAAGAGAGCAGCAAGUCAGAGAGCGAGGAAGACGUUGUAGAUCCAGAUGACAAUUUCAGAGGUGGAACUGAGGAAAGAAACCCAUACUACCCCAACCAAAAAGACCUCAACGACUUGAUCCGAGAUCUUGGUCUCACCAAGUCCAAUGCCGAGCUUUUGACGUCUAGGCUCAAGCAGUGGAACUUGUUGGAUGAAAGUGUGCAAGUCGCAGAUCAGACGAAGCGUCACCAACCUUUUUGCAGCUUCUUCACCCUGUCAAGAUGGGCUAUGCGUCUGCCACAAUGUGACCAGUCUGUUGGAGGCAAUCGGAAUCGCCUAUAACCAGAAUGAGUGGCGCCUCUUCAUUGACAACUCAUCCAGGAGCCUCAAAGCCGUGCUGCUCCAUAAUGGUAACAAGUACCCAUCUCUUCCCCUGGCUCACUCGGUGCACCUCAAAGAGGAUUACAGCAGCAUCAAGACCUUGCUGGAUGCUUUGAAGUAUGAUGAGAACAGCUGGGAGGUCAUCGGAGACUUCAAAAUGGUGGCAUUCCUGAUGGGUCUCCAAGGCGGUUUUACUAAGUUUCUCUGCUUUCUUUGUCUUUGGGACAGCAGGGACACCAAGGCGCACUACCACAGGCGGGACUGGCCACAGUGGACCGAGUUCUCUAUGGGGAGGAACAACGUCAAGUGGGAGCCACUGGUGGACCCCCGGACGGUGCUGAUGCCACCACUGUGCAUAAAAUUGGGUCUCAUGAAACAAUUUGUCAGAGCUGUACAUAAGGAGUCGGCAGCCUGCAAGUACAUUCAAGACUUCUGCCCUAAGCUGUCUGAGGCAAAGGUCAAAGCCGGUGUCUUCAUCGGGCCACAGAUAAAGAAGAUCCUGGAGUGCAAUGAAUUCCCCAAGAAGCUCACUCGUAAGGAGAAAGCGGCUUGAAACAGCGUUGUUGCAGUGGUUCGUGGCUUCCUGGGCAAUCACAAGGU